AUGUCGCUCCGCGCCGCGCCCUCGACGGGCUUCCUGCAGUCUUUCCUCGCUGUCGCUUCUGCAUCUCUCCGUCCUGCUGGUCUCUCAAGGAGCUUCCUCCCUAUCGGCGCACGAACAUGGCCCGCCCCUCUACUGCCUUCGAUCGUCAUUCCUAUUCCUGGACUCGUCUCGGAUAUCUGGGAGUCAAUUCUCAAGGCUGUACCGAAGAAGAAGACGUCACACAUGAAGAAGCGCCACCGACAAAUGGCUGGCAAGGGACUCAAGGAUGUCACUUCGCUCAACAAGUGCUCUGGCUGUGGAAGAGUCAAGCGCGCACAUUACCUGUGCCCUCACUGUGUCAUGAGCAUCAAGAAGUGGUUCAGCAACGACUUCGGCCCCAAGAAGCAAGAGUCUGAGUUGACCGAGUGGGAGAAGAAGGAGAAGCAGAGAAAAAUGGACCAAAGAGGUUACAAGCUCUAG